AUGAGGAAGAAGGUAACUUGGCUCAAGGAGAAGAAGUAUUGUUCCCCUGAAAUUCAAAACGAACAGAUUUCUCUUAUGGGAUUGUGUGUUUUGAGAGGUCUUUUGUCUGAAAUUAGAAAUGCACGGUACUAUUCCAUUAUUGCUGACGAGGCAACAGAUGUUGGUCACAAGGAACAACUUGUGGUUUGUAUCAGGUGGGUGGAUGAUAAUUUUGAUAUCCACGAGGACCCAAUUCAGCUUAUCAAUGUUCCAAAAACGGACACACAGACUUUGACUACUUGUAUCAAGGAUUGUUUGUUGAGAUGCUGUCUGCCCAUGUCUCAAUGUCGCGGUCAGGCAUACGAUGGUGCAGGUCGUCAGUGUCAACCUGUAAGAGAUGCAUUGGAUCUGGCCAGGGGCGUUGCUGAUCUUAUUAGAUACUCCCCCAAAAGAUCGUCAUUAUUUCAAGCUCUGCAGGCUCAACUACCUCCAGGCUCUGACCGUUCACCUUUGUUAAAACCUUUGUGUCCUACAAGGUGGACUAAGGUUAAUGCUGAAUGCCACGAUGAGUAUGGGUGUACUGCUGGUGGGUACCUUGCUCAAAUGGAAAAGUUUAGUACGUAUCUCGGUCUCAAAAUGUCUCAUUUAAUCUUUGGUGCUGGUGAGCAGCUAUCCAUAUCAUUGCAGGGGAAAGACACAACUUUGCAGGAGGCUACGACAGCGGCAGAUUUAGCAGUAUGUCAUCUUGAACGGCUGAGGACUGAUGAGAAGUUUCAUUCGUUUUAUGAGGAUGUAGUCAAAUGCUCAAAGAAUCUCACAGCACCACCUUGCCUCCCAAGAUACAGGCGUCCACCACAAAGACUGGAUGAGGCAGGCUUAACUAGCCAUGAAUUUUCUUCCCCUGAAUGUUAUUUCAAGCAGCAGUAUUUUGAAGUGUUAGAUUUGCUGGUUAAUGAACUCAAACGACGGUUCCAGCAGAAGAGAGGUAUGCCUGUGGCAGCUACUAUUGAGAAGCUACUAUUAGAUGCAGUAAAUGGUACGUACACCAUGGAUGGUACUGCUUUACCAGAAGAACUACAACUCUACAAAGAUGACCUUGAUUUAUCUCGACUGAAAUACCAGCUAUCAAUGCUUCCAGAUGUUGUCCAAGUCAGAAAUCGAAAGCUUGAAAACAAUCCACCAAUUACAGAAGUGACAAAUGUAAGAACAAUAUGUUCUAUCAUGGCUGAUAUUUCUCUCUGUAAGGAGAUGCUUUCAGAAGUUGUUCACUUGAUUAAACUUUUCUACACUAUUCCUGUCACCAUCUCUACUGCUGAGAGAACAUUUUCAGCACUUAGGAGAUUGAAGACAUAUCUGAGAACCACAAUGAGUCAGGAAAGACUAAAUCAUGCAAUGUCUCUCUAUGUGCACAAGGACAGAACGGAUAACAUAGAUCUAGAUGAAAUUGCAAAUUCCUUUAUAACUGUUAAUGAGAGGAGAAGAAACUUUUUUGGUCAUGUUUAG